AAAAGCUCGCGCGCCAAAAUCAGUGGCCUCCAUAGAGCUGGCGACCACCAAGGCGCCAGAUUCUCCUCGUUUCUCGGGACAUUGGUAUUCGGUGCUGGAUUUUGCGAUAGGGGAAGUGUAGGGGAAAGGAUUCUACCUGUUGCCGGCACUCUAGCGCUCCACAAGAGCAGAGAUUUCCAAAACUGAAUCCAUAUGAUCCCGAUUCUCCCAUUUUCCCAGUUUUCCUUCUCGCAUCGCACAUGGCCCCGUUAUGUGUGUUGGUUUCGCUCGUUGCCCGUCUCCCUUCCUCUUCUAUUGGCACUUCUGGGAAGGAUAGGAAGGAAUGGAUAGGAAAGGAAGGCAAAGGAAAGGAGCUGAGAACCAAGAGCUAAGAGAGCAGCAGAGAGAACUAAAAACGCGCGCCAUCUCGCUCGCGCCCAUUGGCUCAUCAGCUGAUCGUGCCCGGCCGGGGUGCGGUUAUAAAAACCAGCUGCUCGGCAUAUCCAGCACAUUCGUUCUCAGUUCGUCGUCGAGUCAACAGCUCUUCUUGUUCAGCCUUUCGGUUCCUCGUUCGGUGAAUUGAGAUUGUGCGGUUCAAAUUAUUGACAAAAAGAAAAACCUCGCACAACCACACUCCGAAAUACAAAACAAAAAAAAUCAUGCUCAAACGGACACAUUAACAAAAAAAAAACAAACAAACUAAAUUAACAAAAAUGCAAUACUAGCCAAAAACCAAGGACUACCUUCCAAAAUUAUUAACAAACUGUAAAUGAGUGCAGAGUGACCAAGAACAAAUUGUGUUUUAGCAAUUUCUUCGGCUUCAGACUCGCCAGCAAAAUCGAACAUCUUCGGCUCUUCGAAGCAACCAACGCAACACACAACACAAAAAACCAACAAAAUGCUGUGGGAAACCAUUGUGGAGGAAAACAACUGCAGCAUGGAUUGCAAUAUCAGUAAUAACACCAGCAGUUCGAGUAGCAUCAACAAAAUGAGUGGAUCUCGUCGUGCUCGCCGUUCCCUGGAACUGAUGAGCAUGGACCAGGAGGAGCUGUCGUUCUACGACGACGACACUGUGCCCCAGGAUCAGCAGCGCUCGGCCAGUCCGGAGCUGAUGGGUCUGCUCUCGCCGGAGGGCUCGCCCCAGCGCUUCCAGAUCAUCCGCCAGCCGAAGAUUCUGCCAGCAAUGGGAGUAUCGAGUGACCACACGCCGGCGCGCAGCUUCCGCAUCUUCAACAGCCUGUCCUCCACCUGCUCCAUGGAGUCCUCCAUGGACGAUGAGUACAUGGAGCUCUUCGAGAUGGAGUCGCAGAGCCAACAGACCGCACUGGGCUUCCCCAGUGGCCUGAACUCGCUGAUCAGCGGCCAGAUCAAGGAGCAGCCUGCAGCCAAGUCGCCAGCGGGUCUGUCCAUGCGCCGCCCUUCGGUCAGAAGGUGCCUCAGCAUGACGGAGAGCAACACCAACAGCACCACCACCCCACCACCAAAGACCCCAGAGACUGCCCGGGAUUGCUUCAAGCGCCCGGAACCACCAGCAUCGGCCAACUGCUCGCCCAUCCAGAGCAAACGCCAUCGCUGCGCCGCCGUUGAGAAGGAGAACUGCCCCGCACCCAGCCCACUCAGCCAGGUCACAAUUGGCCACCCCCCUCCACUGAGGAAGUGCAUGUCCCUGAACGACGCCGAGAUCAUGUCCGCCCUGGCCCGCUCCGAGAACCGCAACGAGCCCGAGCUGAUCGGCGACUUCAGCAAAGCCUAUGCCCUGCCCCUGAUGGAGGGUCGUCAUCGGGAUCUGAAGAGCAUCUCCAGCGAAACAGUGGCUCGCCUGCUGAAGGGCGAGUUCAGCGAUAAGGUGGCCAGCUACCGCAUCAUCGACUGCCGCUACCCCUACGAAUUCGAGGGCGGCCACAUCGAGGGAGCCAAGAACCUGUACACCACCGAGCAGAUCCUCGAUGAGUUCCUCACCGUCCAACAGACUGAGCUGCAGCAGCAGCAGAACGCCGAAUCGGGACCCAAGCGCAACAUCAUCAUCUUCCACUGCGAGUUCUCCUCGGAGCGUGGACCGAAAAUGUCCCGCUUCCUGCGUAAUCUGGAUCGCGAGAGGAAUACGAACGCCUAUCCGGCGUUGCACUAUCCCGAGAUCUAUCUGCUGCACAAUGGGUACAAGGAGUUCUUCGAGUCGCACGUUGAGCUGUGCGAACCCCACGCCUACCGCACCAUGCUGGACCCCGCCUACAACGAGGCCUACCGCCACUUCCGCGCCAAGUCCAAGUCCUGGAACGGCGAUGGCCUGGGCGGUGCCACCGGGCGGCUCAAGAAGUCGCGCUCGCGACUGAUGCUGUAGGAUGUGGGAUGAUCGUGCAGUUCGUUAUCUAAGUUUGGGUGUUAUCGUAUUGUAUAUAUAGACGUAUAGGGGUAUUUAUUUCACGCUGCUUUUAAGUUGAUUUUUGUUGAUUUUCAUUUGUUAAUCCGUAGACUAAGUUUCUCGCACACGCAGACACACACCCGACACUCGCAUUCAUGCAAAACAGACAAUUUCAUUUGGAAUUUAACGCUUUUGUUUAGUUAUUAUUGUUUUUAUGGUUUCGGCUUUAGUUCAAUUAUUUAAGCACUCUAGUUCAAAUUUUAAAGAUAACCAACGAACAAGCAAAAGAAAAAUGUGCAUUAUAAUCUAAAAACGUGAGGAACCAUGUCACUUAAAUUUAAGAGGCCGAUCCCGAAAUCAGACCCCUUAAUCAUUUGUAGAUGAUAAGCAGAACAAAAAAUGGCUAAAAACAAAAAAAAAAAAAAAAAACGAAUAUCUCACAAAAACAAACACGCUCAUUAAUUUCAUCCCUAAAACUUUAUUUUUAAGAGCUAACGUUUAAGAGUUGAAAGUUGAAAACUUCUGCUAGGUACAAUUUACGCUUAUUAUUUGUUUAUUUUUAUGUAAUCCGUAAACGAACAAGGCCCCGAAACGCAAAUGCAAACAAGAAAACAAAUAUUUUACCAUGUAAUGAUUAUUAUUUAAGCAAAGCUUAUUUUUGCAUCAAAAAAGGCAAUAUUAUUGAACAAAGACCAUCAAUUUUAAAUAUACUUAAUACACGACGAAAAAGAACUGAAA